CUAUACUUAUAAAAAAUAUACGGAGUAUCACGGGCUCUAAUGGAGCUCCCAAUGAAGCUUUCUUCUCCUUCCUUCAGCCGCCCUGCCUCCGCCGCCGUCGCCGCAUCCUUACCGUUCAUGUACCGUCAUCCCCAACCAGGAGGCGGCAGAGGCCCAGGUCUGAGAAGUUACUCCGAUCGGCCGUAUGGAGAUGAACAGGGACGCCCUCAAGUACCCGGCGGCUCCGAUUACCGGCCCGUACAAGACCCUAAUCGAGGGUUUCUACCGUCGUACUGCCCUGGAGGCAAUUUGAAUUUCCCGCCUCAAAACGGGCCUUAUCCUCCGCCUCAACCGUCUUUCAGCCAUUAUCCGCCUCCAAAUCCAUACUCUAAUCAGCAAUUUUACAGACCAUUGCCUCCUCCAAUAAAUGAUCAGCAGUUUAGCGGACCUGUGUACCCACCACCAGGUAGGCCACAUUUUUAUCGGAAUCAACAGUUCAGGCCAACAUCACCCGUUCAUGAGUACCGCCCGCGUCCGAGACCUCCCAAGGCUUUGAAUUUCCGGGUUUGGGAGCAUGCUAAAGCCGAACCUCGACCUCCUCCUAAUUGUGGUAACUUACUUCAACUCUUAUUGGCUAUGGUGUGUCUCAUCUGCUUCUGUGGUCUUCCUUGAACUGUUCGUUUCAAAAAUGAGCUGCAUUGUUCGUCAUAGAAAGCUUAUUUAAAAAAGGACUCCUUCAAGGAAAAAAAGAUCAAUCUUUUUACGUAGUAUAUUUUAAGGAACAGAUGAAGUUAGCAUCAUCUACGUUUCUUCAUGGCGAGUUAAUUAGCUAUAUCUGGUUACCUAUAUAUUACUCUUUAAGGUGCCUUAAGUAGAAGAAGAAAGAAAUGUAUUUCCAUUUCAGUUUUAAUUGUGUGAGAAUAUGGCCACCUAAACCUUUAAGACAACUAUUGACAUUGAGAAGAAACUCAUGUAUUGCAAUUGUAAACUCAUCUAGGUUAUGUGAAGAUACGUCUUCUCAAGGCAUGUUCCUUUUUUACAAGCUUGUCUACGUAUGGUCGCAUCCCUAACAGUCUAAAACCCUAAUGGAGUAAAGAAUGCCUUGUAUAAUCACAUUGGCUUCUUAUAAGUACUACUUGUGCGGACAAUGAAGUCAUAAAAAUGAUAUUGGCAAAAAACAUUUAACCCUUUCAACAUUGUUCUUUAAGAGAGUUUGUUUCAAUGGAGGGUAUGUAUUUUUUAGGAAAUGUAAAUAUUUGUAUUAAUUCACCCAAGGCAAUUUUUUCUGCAUAGAUUUAAUCUUAAAAUUAGUACUUCACUAUAUGGGGAUUCCAAUAUGUGGAUGAGGGUCUCCUAUGUGAACGUUGAUCAUCUUGAUUAUCCCAGGUCCCUCGCGUGUCUCAACAGUGGCAAUGUCUUAUUGUAACAUUGGCUAAAACCCCCUCGUUGUCUUUCAAAGCCCUUUUCGUUUCACUUUUAUAAUGGCAAGUACUCUAUCUUCAUAGAUGAUGAAAACUUCAAUCUCUGUUGCAUCUUUAUGAGUAAUGAUCUUUCUAUUCAGUCUGAUAAAAGCUAUUUUAGACUAAUUAGUAGUGUUAAGGGUUUAGUUUGUUUGGUUAAUGAUAAAGAUUUUGUGGUGCAUGAAGCCAAUGAAAUUUAUUUGUGGAAUCCUACAAUCCCAAAAAGGCUUCGAUUGCCAUUCAUGUCCGGAUAGAUUGGCAAGUCUCAAGUCACUUCAGGUUUUGGGUUUGAUUUGGGAUCUAAUGACUAUAAGGUUGCUAAUUUGGGUUGUGACUUUCUUGAGCCUAGUUUACAAAUCUUUAGGUUUAAGAGUCAGGUUUGGAAGGACAUCACCUUACGCAAUGUUAAGCACCAUGGUAUGAAGUCUUUGACAAAAGAUCUAAUCUGCAACACUCCAUAAUGUCAUGCAUUGUCUUGCACAUGAUACAACACACCAACAAAGGGUGAUCUUGUUAUUUGAUUUAUGUGUUGAAGCAUUUGGCGAAUUGGAGCUGCCCAAGCCAUUACGAGACAACCCCAAAAAGGUAUUCUCUCAGCUAUUUCAAUCUUUUUUAUUUCCUUUUUGUUAAUGAUGGGCACAAUUAGUUGAUAAAACAAAUAUCCAACCCGUAUGAAUGAGGAUUUCAUAUGUAAAAAUGAGAGAAUAUAGGGAUUUAUGCGUG